AUGGCUUCGACAGAAGCCCGCCUGGCGGACGUCGCCGAAAAGACGGACAAGACGCCUAUUGUGGGAAAAGAGGGCGAUGAGAAAAUUGACAUCGUCGAUGUGGAUGUUGAUGCCAUCGAAGAAGAUCUCGACCUUUAUGUGCCCCUAAAGAUGGAUGGCAGCUUCGUCGACGAGCAUGAUCCCCUAACAAUCCGUGCCGUCAUAAUUGGUAUCGUGUUAGGUAGUCUUGUCAAUGCCUCUAAUUUAUAUCUGGGGUUGAAAACCGGAUUCACCUUCGCCGCCUCUAUGUUUGGAGCAAUUUUCGGAUACGGUAUUAUCAAACUCGCCUCGAGAACUACCCUUCCUAUCAUCGGCGGUUCUUUCGGCCCUCAAGAGAACAGCAUUAUCCAGGCUGCAGCCCAGGGCGCUGGUGGAAUUGCAGGUAUUUUCGUUGCAGGCAUACCGGCAAUGUACCAACUCCACGCGCAGACGGGCACUCCAAAGGAGCAAUUCGGCGCAAUCAUUACAAUCACUCUUGUCUGUUCGUUCUUUGGUUUGUUCUUCGUCGCGCCUCUCCGAAAAUUCUUUAUCAUCCAGGUCGGCCGGGAAUUGAAGCUGCUUUUCCCUACUGCUACUGCCGUGGCGCUCACCAUUAGGUCGAUGCACGCUGGUGUCGCCGGUGCUGGAGAGGCUCUUAGCAAACUUAAAGCCCUCAGUUUAUCUUUCGCAGCUGCCCUCAUCCAACGAGUAGCGUCAUACUAUGCUGUCGGUAUAUUGUAUGACUGGCACGUUUUUACAUGGAUCCACAUCUGGAGCGGUUAUACCAGCUGGGCCAUGAAUAUCGAGAGUUGGGGCUGGUGGUUUGAGUGGACUCCGGCAUUCAUAGGAAGCGGUAUCCUCAUCGGCAUGAACUCUGCACUGUCUAUGUUUGGUGGUGCUGUUCUCGCCUGGGGAAUUAUCGGACCUCUCCUUGUUCACUACGGCGAAUGUAUCGGCAAGCAACAGGUUGAGGAUGAUCCGCGAUGGGCUGAUUGGUACUCCUUCGCCUCUCUUAGUAACCUCGGACACGAAACUCCGUCCCCGCGUUACUGGCUUCUCUGGCCCGGGGUGCUCAUUAUGGUCGUAACCUCUAUAGCGGAAUUAUUGGUUCAAUAUAAGGUAAUCGCAUACGCCGGUCGAGUAGUUUGGCAGAAGAUCUGCGCCAACAUCAGCCUUGCCUUGGCCAAGCGCGGUAAGACUUCUACCUACUUUGCCACGCGCGCCGAGAGGGAAGUGAAAGCGAGCGAGGAUAUUAUCGAGGAUCCAGCUCCAGCGCAUGAACAGGUGCCAUUUUGGGCAUGGUCGACCGGCCUCGUUGUCACCGUCGCCGUAGCCAUGGUUAUCUUCCAACUACAAUGGGGAAUGAACCCCGGUUUGACUGUCUUGGCUUGUGUCUUGGCCAUCUUGUUCUCUUUCGUAAGUUUGGAUGACCCCCAUUAUUAUUUUUUUGUUCUCCCGAGGAAUAUGCUUGCCGUCCAAAUUGGGGCUGUAACGGAUAACUCCCCGUUAACGGCCGCGUCGAAAGCCAGCCAGCUUAUUUUUGGUGGUGCUACGAAGAACCACUUCGCGGUCAAAGAUGCGCAGCGAGUCAACUUAGUUGCUGGUGGUCUGGCUUCCGGAGCUGCUGACGUCGCAUUUUCGUUGACUUCUGACUUCCGUACUGGCUUCUUGUUGGGAACAUCCCCUGUUAAGCAGUGGUACGCCCAAUGCCUCGGGUCUGUCGUUUCCAUCUUCCUAGCUCCAGGAAUGUUUGUGCUCUUCACAACCGCGUACCCUUGCAUUCUCGACGCGUCGGCUGAGCACUGCGCUUUCGCCGCCCCUUCGGUGUCGGCAUGGGCUGCUGUUGCACAGGCCGUUACAGACCCAGAUGUCAGUAUCCCUCUAACUUCGGGAAUUUUCUCCAUCGUUAUGGCCGUCUUCUGCGCUUGUCAGGUUGUAUUCAGACACUUUUACCUGGUGGGUGAACGGGAAAAGUAUCGACAAUACCUCCCGAAUUGGGGUGCUGUAGCGCUGUCGUUUGUUCUCCCCAACCCUGUAUUUACGACAGCGGCCUUAUUCGGUGCCACCCUGGCCUGGGUAUGGAGGAAGUGGAACAUCAAGAGCUUCGACCUCUAUGGAUAUGCAGUUGCAGCUGGUUUCAUUGCUGGAGAGGGUCUUGGAGGUGUUGUUGGUGCUAUUCUCCAGAUCAGUGGAGUUUCGGGUGACGUUCUCGGCACCACGGCCGGUUGCCCUGCUGGCUAUUGUUAA